AAACCCAGUCUAAAGUUGCUGGGUGUAACUUUUCAGUCCGAUCCAUGUAACUGGGAUUUACAUUUAGAUAAUAUUCUAUCGAAAGCUAGUAGUUGUUUGUACAUGUCAUGUGUUUGUAAAUUCUAUGGAUUGCCGUUGGAUCAUCUUCAUCCUCUUUUUACUAAUCUUAUCUUACCUAUAUUUACAUAUGCUGUGGAAGUAUGGGGCUGUGUGUAUUAUCAUAAGUACUGUAAAUCCUCUAUUAAGCCCCCCGGGGGGCUUAUUUUUUUCAAGCACUUUUGAGGGGGGGGGGGCUUAAAAGAGAGGGGGGGCUUAUUUAAUUUAGCGAAACGAAUCACCAGUAGCAAAAAUACCGUGGUAUGAGACAGAGUAGACUUACGCGUUGUACAAUUAAAGUCACUGUCAAAAGUAUUUAAUUCACUUGUGGGAGCCUAAAAGUAACAAAAACAAAAUUCAUAUUCUUCAAAAAUGUACUUUCUGCCUCAUGUUCUUUGGUAAUUUUUACGAAUAAACCAUAAAUGAUCAGUCCACGUUAAUUUUUUGUGAAGAAUAAGGAUUGGGGGAGGGGGAGGGGGGGCUUAUUAACUUUCCUCCUCUGAAAAGGGGGGGCUUAUUACUUAAGUCGCAUAGACAGGCUGUUCAAGAGAGCUUUUAAGCUUGGUUACUGUAAAGAACUGUUUUUUUUUAUCGAAAAUAUUAUUGCCCUGAAAGAUAAGAAGUUAUGGGACAAAAUCACCGACAGCAAUUCAACAACAGCUUUGGAUGACCUUCUGCCACCGGAGCAAACUAUGGUUAUGUUACGUAAGAGGUGUCAUAACUAUAUUCUUCCACCUGUCAGUACUAAGCAUUUCAAGACAACUUUUGUAAAUAGAUGUUUGUUC